AUGCAGAGGAAUCAGAUUAAAAAUCAUCUGCUGGGUAAGGCAUGUUUACUAGAUAUCACAAAUUUUUACAAAAUAAAAAGGCACGUAUCUGUGUUAGCGAACGAAUUAAGGAGUGGUAAUAUAUUUCUUCACAAUGACAAGUAUUGUGAAGUAACUGAACAGAGGCAGGUUAAACAGGGUCGACUGGCCACAACAAACAUGAUCUCCUUUAUCGACCUUAGCACAUUGAAGAGCUCCUCAACCAAAUUUGCAUGUCAGGCAAAAGUGGAAAAAAUUGAACCAGUCAAAACAAACGUGCAAAUACAAUACACAGACAAGCAGAAAAACAUAGUUGUGUGUUUAGAUGAAAAUUAUGAAGAUAUGGAAAUUCCAUUAAAUAUAUUUGGAAUUUCAGAGGAGUACUUAAAACCUGGUUUACAAAUAACAGUCUUCAAGCAUGAGGACAAAAUUGUUAAGGUUAAUUUGCCCUCAUCCCUACUGAUGACACUGCGGAAGAAAUAA